UAUCUGAGAGAAACAAGGACAUAAUGCCCUAGAAUAUUCUAAGUCCUGAUAAGCUAUAUAUUUGAAUGCAGUGGUAUGAUCAUCAAGUCUGACAUGAUGUUUUCAGUUGUGUUACCUGUGAUUUUGAUAUGAAUAGCCCGUCAUGCUGCUGCUGAUGAUGAGUAAAAUAAUAACUAUAAUAAUGUUUCAGGGGACUAUUUCUAAGAACAUUACAAAGUAAAAAUUAGUUUAAAAAAAAACGAUUUUCUCAUCUGGGAAAGAGGCAACAUGGCGACAGGAAGCAGAACAGAGGAGGAUGUACAGCAGAGCCAGCUGCAGCUCCUGCUUCCCCCGCAGCCCAUGGACCAGGCUAAGGAAGCCCAGGGUGCAGGCGAGAAGAUGGGCUGGGCACAGGUGGUGAAGAACCUGGCUGAGAAGAAGCACGACUUCCGUGAGCAGUGGCGGGGAGAAGAAAGGGGCGCAGGUGCGGGUGGCAGGCUGGGCAGCCCGGCAGGCCUGGCCACACCGAACCGCGGCUUCUUCCCACCGGCAGGCCGCGGUCACCUCCCACCUGCCGGCCGUGGACACUUCCCAGCUGCGGGCCGCGGUCAACUCCCACCUGCCGGCCGCGGUCACUUCCCGCCUGCCGGCCGCGGGGACCCAAGGGUCUUCAGCAGAGACCCUGGUGGCUACGCGGCAGAUGCUUGCAGGAUGGAGGGAGCCGGAGCCGGAGACGCCAGUCAAAGGAAGAUGGCCGAGGUGGCAGCGGCGGCAGCGGCGGCAGCAGCGGCCAUGGCGUCCCCUCCCAGGCCUGUCACAAUCAAAGACGCAAUUACAGAGCGACCACUCCAGGAUGAGCCUCCAGCCUCCAGGCCGGGUAAGGGCCGCUUCCUUGUGCGCAUCUGUUUCCAGGGAGAAGAAAGUGCCUGUCCGACCCGCGAUUUCGUGGUGGGCGCGCUCAUCCUGCGCUCCAUUGGCAUGUACCCUGAGGACAUCUGUGCUGUCAUCCAGAUCCCUGGCAGCCGCCAGUUCGAUGUGAGCUUCAGAUCCGCAGAUAAGCUAGCCCUGUUUCUCCGCAUCUAUGAGGAAAAGCGGGAGAAGGACGACUGCUGGGAGAACUUUGUGGUGUUGGGGCGGAGCAAGACCAGCUUGAAGACCAUAUUCAUCCUCUUCCAGAAUGAGACCGUGGAUGUGGAGGAUAUCGUGACCUGGCUCAAGCGCCACUGUGAUGUGCUGGCCUUGCCAAUGAAAGUGAAUGACAGGUUUGGGAUCUGGACUGGGGAGUACAAGUGCGAGAUUGAGCUGCGCCAGGGGGAGGGAGGAGUGAGGCACCUGCCUGGCUCCUUCUUCUUGGGAACAGAGAGGGGCUACAGUUGGUACAAGGGGCAGCCCAAGACGUGCUUUAAAUGUGGUUCUCAGACCCAUAUGACCGGCACCUGCACGCAGGACAGGUGUUACAGGUGUGGGGAAGAGGGGCACAAGAGCCCUUACUGCAGGAAGAUCAUCAUUUGCAACCUCUGUGGCAAGGGGGGACACGUGUUUGCCCAGUGUCCCAAAGCAGUUCAAAAUUCCGUGGCAGGUCACCUCACAGGCGUGGCGGGGCACUGAAUGUGUGUCUGCCUGCCUGGGUGAACACACAGCCAACUUACCCCUCUUAAGUGCCAAAACUUUUUUUUUUUUUAAACCAUUUUUCUCUUUUUGAAAGGAGAUAUUUCUAAAACUUAACAGAGACAUUCUCUCUAUGCCUUCUAAAACCACGUGUGCUCCUUUUCAGCCUGUUAGAAAAGGACUAUUCAGAACUGUAGCUUACAGAUAUGUGACCUGCCCCCCCCCCUUUUUCUCCUGUUUCCAUAGUUUUGGUACUUUUGUGAACACCCUGUCCUGCUCUGUACUUUUUACUAUCUCCCUCUUCGUCCUUGUCGCUUAGAAGAUUUUUGCCCCUUUGGCUGCCUUGCUCAUUUUUAUGCCUCAGCCCUGGGUACAGGGCCCAAUGUGGGACUGGCUUUCAACCAAGUGUUUAUUGAAUCAAAAAUGUCGUCGUCGAUCAGCUCUGUCCAGAGUGCCUACUUUGUGCAGCUCUUUGCUGGGCUCUUUUCAUUUGCUGCUUCUUUGUGAUGUGAAAAUUUGUGAAGACAGUGUUGCUGGAAGUGAGUGAUCCAAAUAUGCUCUGAAAGGUGGCCAAGGGCCUCUUGAAGAAUUGAAACUUAUCUCCUUUGUGACAGCUCCUUGUGGCUCAGAAGCCAUAUUUCUGUAGGAGCAUGGAGCCCAGGCAGUUUUGCUGGGAAAGACAUAAGAAGUGGUUUUUGUUGGAGUUUCUUUGGGGAAGCUUGCUUUUGUUACGUGAAUUGAUUUAAUACUGGGUCUCACUUUGUAGCCCUGACUGGUUUGAACUGGCUGCACUGCUGGACCAUGGUGGUUUAAACUCACAGUGAUCUCACUUCUGCCUCCCUCCCGGAAGGAUGUUUUAAAUUAACCCUUGGUUUUCCAGCAGAUGAAAUGAAUCCGAAGAUAAAGGACUGGAUCAAAAUACACAGAGAUGUGGUUCCACAGAAAGUCCACAGUAGAUUCCACUGACCCCAUGCCUGGUGCUCAUCCCACUACCUCUCACACUUCAUAACAGUCUCCUUGACAAUGGUGGACCAAGAAAGUCUCUCUCCAGGCUGAUGAUCCCAGCAUGAGGCUGAAACACAGUCCCCUGAAAGAGCAGAAAGAGAAGCUUGUCUCGCCACUUCAUAGUAAAGGACCUAGGGAAAGGACCAGUGAACAUACUCCAGGCUGCACGCAUGCAUCAGUCCUUGGAGUCAGUACCACAUCUUAAAUGUUCCACUGUCACUGUCAGCAGUGAAAAAUGGGUCCCCUCAGGAAAGAAACUUGUCAGAAUUUUACAUUUGCACCUCUGCCUCAUCUCCCAGGAACCCCAGAGAAGUUAGAGAGAGAGCUCAUCUGAGACCUGUGACUUCUGAUGUUCAGGAGAAAGGUGGUUUUAACCCAGAAUCAUCAGUGAACUGUAAACUGGAAAAUGUCCUUGGAGACACAGGCCAAGAGUAAGGGCCUGGGUGAUCUAAGUGUUAUCAAGUUAAAGUGAAAGACAGUAAGCUGCUGUUUUCAGUUUUUGUCUUCUCUUUGCAGUUUUGCUAUUUUCGUGUGGUUUAGAAUGUAAAACCAGUUGUCCAGAUUUGUUCUCAAUAAAUAGUUAUCUUUUUUGCCCAUGAAAAAUGUUGAGUUGCGUGGAUUUAUCAGGUGGCCAAAGAUAUGACAUUGUAAAUACAUAGCAGUUUCUGCAGGUGGGGAAUUUUGUAGUGUUGUAAAAUUAUGUCUUGUUUGAGAGUUAAAACUAAAGUUGACUAUGGGUUUAUGGAUAGAUAUAGAGAAACCAGUUAGAAAAAACAUGCCUUCAGAGAUGCUGCCAAAGAAGGAUUGCCUCUGAGUUCACUAUUUCUGAACCUAAUGUAUCAGGCUAGGUUAAUACAUUGGGAAAUAUUUUUCCUCAUUUCAAUGAUGUAUGUUUCUUUUAAUCCUAAAAAUUUAUAAUAUUCAAUCAUGUCUUUGGGAAACAAGGAUAUAUUAACCUAGGAUAUUCUAAACCCUGACAUGUUUUGAAAUUUGAAGGUGAUGGUACAAUCAUCAAGUCUGCCAUGAAGUUUUUCAUUGUGUUAGCUGUGAUUUCGAUAUGAACAGUGCAUGAUGAUGAUGAGUAAAAUAAUAUCUAUAUUAAUGGUUCAGGGGACUGACUCUAAGAACAAAACAAUGUAAAAAUUAGUUUGGAAAAACCGAUUUUCAAGAACAACGAUGAUAGAAUAUAAUUUGAUGGAAUUUUGAAGUUUUAUUUACAGGAGAUUACUCAGAAUUGAUCACUUUUAGUAUAUAUUGUGAUUUAAAAAAACAGAGACACUUGAUUUAUGCUUAGGUGUUCUUUUAUUUAUUUAUUUUUAUUUUCUAUUUUUUUAUUAUUAUGUGUUU